AGGAUUUAUAUCAUUCAUUCAAACACACUGACACGUAUAUUGACGUCAUAUCAUGGCAAUAAAUGUGUAGACGGCACCAGCCUUGCCAGUCACAUUUCUUCUGCUAUGUGGUCUAAUACAGAGUAAUAAUGGUACUAUACACUAUUGCAAAGGGACUUGUCAAUUCACACACUCUUUCUCUGUCUCUCUCUGCUCCUUUUUAAGAAUCAUGUAUUAAUGCUAACAAAUUCCUGGCCUUUUGUUGUUUGCUGAGGAAAAUCGAAUCCAGAGAAGUUGAGAGGGGGUGGGAAUGGGUAGAAAACCUUGCUGUGACAAGAAAGGGCUGAAGAAAGGGCCUUGGACUCCUGAGGAAGAUGAAAAGCUCAUUGAGUUCAUCAAGAAGAAUGGUCAAGGAAGCUGGCGUUCUUUUCCCAAGCUUGCAGGGCUUCUUCGCUGUGGGAAGAGUUGUCGCCUGCGGUGGACAAACUACCUAAGGCCAGAUAUCAAAAGAGGCCCUUUUACCCCGGAGGAAGAGAAGCAUGUCAUUCAAUUGCACGGCAUUCUUGGAAACAGAUGGGCUGCCAUUGCCUCCCAGUUACCUGGAAGAACAGACAACGAGAUCAAGAACUUAUGGAAUACUCAUCUGAAGAAGCGCCUGCUUUCAAUGGGAAUUGACCCUCAGACUCACGAACCCUCAACGGAAUUUAAUGGGCUGCCGAGGCUACAUACGAGCCCCUCCACCCGCCACAUGGCACAAUGGGAAAGUGCUAGGCUGGAAGCUGAGGCUCGGCUUUCAAGAGAAUCAAAACUAUCGGUGUCAUCAACUAUCAGAGGAUCUGAAACUGACUUCUUCUUACGGUUGUGGAAUUCUGAGACGGGGGAAACAUUUCGGAAACUCAAGAAAUGCAUAGACAAUGCCUGUCAAAGCCCACCGACUUCUCUAGCGUCUUCAUCCACAAAAUGCUGCUCGACCUCAGGUACGACAACCGAAAUGGACCUUACUCUACCUGCUGCAGGGGGGGAUGAUGAUCCAGAUGGGAAGAACAGCAGAUCUAACUACAUUGAAGAUCUCCUACUAGGAGGAUCAGAAACAUCUUGUUCAAACGAGUUGGAAGAUUCUUCCGAAUCAGCUCUGCAGCUUCUGUUGGACUUCCCCACGUUUAAUGACAUGAGUUUCUUAGGACACACCGACACAUAUGACGUAUAUCCCGCCCUUUUGACUGAAAGCUCAUUGAAUGGCUGCUUAUCUGCAGAACAUUGAAGUCCCCAUCCAUCUUCUAUUUUUGAACUGGCUGGUUUUUAGUAGCUCCAGCAGUAGAAUUCUGGACCUUGAUUCUCUUAUCCCCCCCUCCCCCUCCCCCUCCCCCUCCCAGUAUGACGUUAUGUAAGAAUAUGCCCAAACAUCUGAUCUUGUUUUGUGGCCUAUGGCAAAGUGCUGUCUUGGUCUAAUACGUUUGAAUUUCGCAAGGGUGCAAAUCACUCCAAAAGUUGGUUUUUUGAAACAUCAAAUUGUUUGGACUCGGGGAUCUUAAGAUCUUACCAAAUGGCCAGAGUGCAGCCAGGUAUCCAGCAUUCAUUCAAGAACACUUGCAGGCUAGGGGUAUUGAUGGAAUACAUUUAUAGGUACUAGGUCCAUUUUUUGUAUGAUUACUGUGCCCAAGCUGCUGCAGUUUUCCCAUCUCUGGGCUAUUAUUUAUAUAGGAUUUUAACGAUUAUGAAUUAUAAACAAUUUUGUUCCAUAUUUAUAAUUCAUCAAUAUGUCUAGCCUGAGAGCUCACUCC